AUGGGGGACCCCAAAUCUGAUUUCAUUCACACAUCAGGGAACGACAUACCGAGCUCCGACUUACUAGGAACUGGACCCACACCUAUGUGCAGCGGGCCUGAUCUCAACUCCACGUGUAGAGGGGACAAACCUCUCCCGACUGAACCCUUCUACAGUGGUCGAGUUCACUCCACGGCAUCCAGGCGAUUACCACCUCCACGAGAGGAGACCUGA